AUGUGUCUCGCAGAAAACAUCUACCACAUCGCCUGCGGCUGCUGGCAAGGCCACCACAUAAGCCACCCAUGUCACAAGCAACGAUACACCCCUCGAUCUCACAACGACUCGUUGGGGGGCGACGAUGUAUGUCCAGACCUCUCCUGCUCUGGCGUCUUCCGCCAACCGGGCAAGUGCCUCGUCUGCCGUCGCCGAGAAGCCCAGCAACGGAGUGUAUUUCCGCUCCCUCUGCCGCCGCUUACACCGCCGCCUUCGCCUCCGUCGCAGCCAUCGUACGCUCGCACUACGAGGAGAGGUAACGGCGAGGACGAAGACGAUGACGAAAGCAGUCGGCGAGUAAGAAUCGCGCUCCUAGCUGAGGUCCUCCGCCGGGCCGUCGUUAUCCGCGGUGGCGAGGGAGACGGCUCCCAUUCCGCUUCCUUCCGGUCUAGGUCUAAUACGGCGAGUGAUUCACGUUUCAUAGUUGGCAGUAAUGAUUUUUGUGAUUUUGACGAGCCUGGGAUGCCGGACACUGCUGACGGGGAGACGUAUCUCAUCAAGGCCUCGGAGCAGACUUUCGAGACAAAGAGUACUGCGUGGCAUCAGCAUUGA